AUGGCCAUGACGUUCUUCACCGCAACCGAUACACCAUUGUACUCCAUGUCCUGGAUGCCCAUGACGACGGGCCAGUACGCUGGGACCUGCAUCUUCCUGAUCGCGUUCGCGACCAUUUUCCGGGCUCUGCUUGCGGUCCGGGUUAACUUCUUUGAGUUUUUGAAGGUGCUGAAGUAUCGGAGGGAGGGAGGGGGAGGGGUGAAGUUUGGGUAUGAGGAGAAGGUCGCGGUGCGGCCGUGGAGGGUUAAUGAAGCGGUGAUGUUGGGGUCGAUGGAUGUUGUGCUUGCCGGGAUUGGGUAUUUAUUGAUGAUUGCUGUGAUGACGAUGAACGUUGGCUAUUUCAUGUCUGUUCUCGCUGGUGUUUUCUUGGGCAGCUUUAUCUUUGGUCGCUUCAUGGCUUCCGCUGGCGGACAUUGA